CCCAAACAUAUGGAUUCAUUAAUAUUUUGUCAGAAUGGACUUUAAUUGUAAAUCUUACUUCAAGGGGUUGGUUCAAUUAACAUCUUUUGUUGCUAGAAAUGUUUUGAGGCAACGAGAUUAAUGGGCGGAAUUAAAGAAGCAAAAAAAGAGGAGGGAUGUGCGAAAACCUUGUCGUUUAAACCAAAAGGAAGUAGUGGUGGGAACGAUUGGGAUGACGGAGUUUAUUGUGACAUAAAAAUGUUGGAAAUUCAAUUUGGAGGAAGGUGUAUUGAUGCAAUUCGAUUCCAAUAUGAAGACAAAUAUGGAAAUUCUAUUACGCCUCAAAAACAUGGUGGAAAUGAAGGCAAACGAAUCAUUCAGAUUGGAUUGAAUUGUCCAGAUGAAUAUCUUAUUUCAGUUCAUGGGUACCAUGGCAACAUAUACGAUCAAUUUGGGAAUCCCACGCACGUGAUUCGGUCAUUAACUUUUGAAACCAAUAAACAAAGUUUGGGUCCGUAUGGGAUUGAAGAGGGAAUCAAGUUUUCGUUCCCAACCACUGGACUCAUCAAGAUUGUUGGGUUCCAUGGCAGGUCUGGUUGGUUCCUUGAUGCAAUUGGAUUCCACUUCCUUCCCAUAUCCAUUUCAAAAUGAACAUGUAUACCCACUUUCUUUUAUAUAUAUAUAUAUUCGUGUUUUAGUUUCAAUUCAAGUCUAUGAUGUGUAUCAACACAUUUUUAGAAAUUGCUAGAAAUCGACUUUGUGAGAAAUUUGCAUCAUAUUGCUAAAUCUAUCUAAAAACCAUAUAAACUUUAUCAUUA